CGAUUUUCCUCCUGAACCUCGGAUUUAUCACAUCAGCCUACCCGUCAACCACCCAGUACCUACUGUACCUAUCAACUUAGUUUUUAGUCAACAACGCGACGUCAUCUACACAACGACAAUAGCGCAGGAAUAUGCCCAGUUACGUAGAAAUCACCCCUCUUUUAAACCCCGAAGCCACUGCUGCCACCAACCGCCGACGAAGCGCCAUGUUCUGGCUCAUCGGGUGUUUGUACGGCGCGUCCGCUGUCGGUUUCGGAGCCUUCGGCGCUCAUGGCCUGAAGAAGAUCGUUACGGAUCCAGCGAGACUUGCUAGUUUUGCUACUGCCGCGCAUUAUCAAUUAAUCCACUCCGUAGCUCUACUCGUAGCAGCGCAGAACCAGAACCCCAUUUCCGGCGUGCUGUUUACUAGCGGCAUGACCAUGUUUAGCGGUAGUAUUUACGCGCUUGUGCUUGACCCCGCGCGGUUUCGAUUCUUGGGUCCUGUCACGCCGCUUGGUGGGCUGUGCUUGAUCAGUGGUUGGAUCGCACUCGCUUUCAAAUGAGCGGAGCUGGACUCCGUAGGAAUAAGUCCGAGAUCACACCCAUGGACUUACAUUAAUUCCGUACACAUGUAGAAACCUUGGAAUAGUUACGGAGAGCGUGAAUUCAUGUGGUGAUAACUCCAUUGUAAACUAGCAUCGCCACUCCAUAAGAGCAGGGGCUCAUAUCUCGUUCCCUUUAGGCGUUGCGUCAUUAAGUGAGCAUAAGAUUACGAGUCAAAUGCUCACUAUCAAUCUUUUCACACUUGUACAUAUCACCAACCUCAAUCAAACAUUAGCAAAGCAGCAUUAAGCUACA